AUGUGUUAUAUACAUACGUAUAUAAAGAGAGCAGCAAGGCAAAAGAAACAACUGCACUGCACACACACUCAAACCUGGCAAAAUUGUAGUCUUUAAGUGCAACUAGUGUAACAAUUUUGGAAUAAGCAGAAGAAAUACUGCAAUAAGAAGCCAGAAACGACAACCACAACCACCCCCCAUCCGAAACGGAACGGGGCAGAAAGUGCGUAGAAUAAAUAAUCAAAAGCCAUGGACUCGGAUAACGACAACGAUUUCUGUGACAAUGUCGACUCGGGCAAUGUCUCGUCGGGCGACGAUGGUGAUGAUGAUUUCGGCAUGGAGGUGGAUAUGCCCAGCUCCGCAGAGCGUCAAAUGGAUCCCGAUGACUACCAGUACAAGGUGCUAACCACAGACGAGAUUGUGCAACAUCAGAGGGAGAUAAUCGAUGAUGUUAAUCUGCUGCUUAAGCUACCCACGACAAAGACACGAAUUCUGCUGAAUCACUUCAAGUGGGAUAGGGAAAAGUUAUUGGAGAAAUACUUCGAUGAUAAUCCCGAGGAGUUCUUCAAAUGCGCACAUGUCAUAAAUCCCAAUAAGGCCACCGAAGCAGUCCGCCAAAAGCAGACGACUCGAAGCCAGUGCGAGGAGUGCGAAAUAUGCUUCUCAUUGCUGCCGCCAGACUCCAUGACCGGAUUGGAGUGCGGACAUCGUUUCUGCUUGAUAUGCUGGCGCGAGUAUCUGACAACGAAGAUCAUGACGGAGGGUCUGGGCCAGACCAUAUCGUGCGCGGCGCACGGCUGUGAUAUCCUAGUGGACGAUGUGACCGUUACCAAAUUGGUGCUCGAUGCACGGGUGAAAGUCAAAUACCAGCAGCUGAUCACCAACAGCUUUGUGGAGUGCAAUCAGCUGCUGAGAUGGUGUCCGUCCGUUGACUGCACAUACGCGGUAAAGGUGCCGUAUGCGGAGCCACGUCGCGUCCAUUGCAAGUGCGGCCAUGUGUUCUGCUUCGCCUGUGGCGAGAACUGGCACGAUCCGGUCAAGUGCCGCUGGCUCAAGAAGUGGAUCAAGAAGUGUGACGAUGACUCGGAGACGUCCAACUGGAUUGCGGCCAAUACCAAAGAGUGUCCCAAGUGUAGUGUAACCAUCGAGAAGGAUGGCGGCUGCAAUCACAUGGUCUGCAAGAAUCAGAAUUGCAAAUACGAAUUCUGUUGGGUGUGUCUCGGCUCAUGGGAGCCGCAUGGCUCCUCCUGGUACAACUGCAAUCGCUAUGACGAGGACGAGGCCAAAACGGCACGCGAUGCCCAGGAGAAGCUGCGCUCAUCACUGGCAAGGUAUCUACAUUACUAUAAUCGCUACAUGAAUCACAUGCAGUCAAUGAAAUUUGAAAACAAAUUGUAUGCCUCUGUGAAGCAAAAGAUGGAGGAAAUGCAGCAGCACAACAUGUCCUGGAUAGAGGUUCAAUUUCUGAAAAAGGCUGUCGACAUACUUUGCCAGUGUCGCCAGACACUCAUGUACACGUACGUGUUUGCGUAUUACUUGAAAAAGAACAAUCAAUCCAUGAUAUUCGAGGAUAAUCAAAAGGAUCUGGAAUCGGCAACUGAAACGUUGUCCGAGUACCUGGAGCGUGAUAUUACAUCUGAAAAUUUGGCUGAUAUUAAACAGAAAGUGCAAGAUAAAUACAGGUAUUGUGAAAAGCGCUGCACUGUACUGCUCAAUCAUGUGCACGAGGGCUAUGAUACGGAAUGGUGGGAUUAUACAGAAUGACGAGAGUCAUGGAUAGAUAAAGAUAACUAAGCUAAGCCAGCGAUGAAUCGGACACGAGUGUAAAGCAAGCUGAAAUAUACCCCUUCCCCCCCGUCACCAUAUCCCCCAUUUUCCUUAACCCAACUGCAUGCGAUAUAAAUUUAAACUUGCCCAUCCCCAUGCAUCCCGCACCCAUUAUGAAGAUUGACAAUGCUUAAAACAAAAGCCAGGCAAGUGAAACGGAGUCGCAAUUGAGAACAACAAAAACAUUUCAGAAUAAUUGUUAAUGCAGCAAGAGAACCAUGUAUAUUAAAUAUUAAUAUAAAAGCAAACUGUAGCUACUGGUAUGCAAGAGGAGAACGUAACACUAAUAUGUAUGUACAUAUGUAUGUAUGCCGUAAUCCUUGCAGCAGUCAAGAAAUGUAAUUCGAUUCGAAACAUUUAGAAUAUCUCUGCCACUCUCUCCCCGUCUCUGUCUCUGCAAGGUUAUAAAUCUGUCUAUAUGGGUGUACAUAUACAUAUUGGAUAUACAUAUGUACAUACAGUAUAUAUAGUAUAUAUGUACAAGCAAAAUCUUUACAUGCAUCAAAUAAGAAAGAAGAAAACACAGAACACAGCCUCGAAACAGAACAGAACAGAAUCCAACAAUCAAUCAAUCAAACAAACAAACAGUCAAGCUACAGCUCACAACCACAACAAUAAAAGUCACAAAACAACAACAAAGGAAAGAGAAGGAAUAUAAUAAUAGUUAUAGUAAACGAAUAAUCAACAGUUAAAGCAAACUUAUUUGAUGUUAACCAGAAUUUGCUAAAAACCAAGAUCUUCAUGUUAUAUCCAAGCAAAACAAGAAACCAAAAUCGAAAAAUAUGAAAGCAAAUGCAACAACAAAAA